GCGUGCGGGACUCCGGGGCGGGCCGCGGGCUCCGGGGAACCCAGUCGGACCGAGCUGCCCAGGGGAGCGAGCUCCGAGCGUCUGCGCCGCGGCCACUCCCGGGCCAGGAGCGCGAAGCCCCGUGCGAGACCCCGAGCCGAGCGCAGCCCCGUCGCGCCGCGACCACCAUGACCCACUUCAACAAGGGCCCUUCCUACGGGCUCUCGGCCGAGGUCAAGAACAAGAUCGCGUCCAAGUACGACCACCAGGCGGAGGAGGACCUGCGCGGCUGGAUCGAGGAGGUGACCGGCAUGAGCAUCGGCCCCAGCUUCCAGCUGGGCCUGAAGGACGGCAUCAUCCUCUGCGAACUCAUCAACAAGCUGCAGCCGGGCUCCGUGCGGAAGGUCAACGAGUCCUCCCUAAACUGGCCGCAGCUGGAGAACAUCGGCAACUUCAUCAAAGCCAUCCAGGCCUACGGCAUGAAGCCCCACGACAUCUUCGAGGCCAACGAUCUGUUUGAGAACGGGAACAUGACCCAGGUCCAGACGACGCUGGUGGCCCUGGCCGGUCUGGCCAAAACCAAGGGCUUCCACACCACCAUCGACCUCGGCGUGAAGUACGCGGAGAAGCAGACUCGGCGCUUCGACGAGGGCAAGUUGAAGGCUGGCCAGAGCGUCAUCGGUCUGCAGAUGGGGACCAACAAGUGCGCCAGCCAGGCAGGGAUGACCGCCUACGGGACCAGGAGGCACCUCUACGACCCCAAAAUGCAGACCGACAAGCCCUUCGACCAGACCACAAUCAGCCUGCAGAUGGGCACCAACAAAGGCGCCAGCCAGGCGGGGAUGCCGGCACCGGGCACCAGGAGGGACAUCUACGACCAGAAGCUCACCUUGCAGCCCGCGGACAGCUCGACCAUCUCCCUGCAGAUGGGCACCAACAAGGUGGCCUCGCAGAAGGGCAUGAGCGUGUACGGGCUCGGGCGGCAGGUGUACGACCCCAAGUACUGCGCUGCGCCCACGGAGCCCGUCAUCCACAACGGGAGCCAGGGCACCGGCACCAACGGCUCGGAGAUCAGCGACAGCGACUACCAGGCCGAGUACCCCGACGAGUACCCCGGCGAGUACCCGGACGACUACCCCCGCGAGUACCAGUACGGCGACCAGGGCGUCGACUACUAGUCGGAGGGGCGCCGGGCCGCCUCGCGCGAGCGUUGCACCGCGCCCUCUUCCAACACUAUUACGCUUGUUGUACCUGAAACACUGCCUUACACGCCCCUCCCCGCUCCGCCCGUGCCCUCGUAGCUGCCUUCCCGCGCUGUAGCGGCGAGCCCCGGCCUAACCAGUAACCCGCGUGCGGCGUGCCGAGGACACUGUGGAGGAGGACUUCCCUCGCGCGCACACGCGCAGCCUUCCUCACGACAGACUCGUGCGACCUCACGACCCUCUGCCGAGACCGACGGUUCAGACGGUAGGAAGCCCCCCCCCCCGAUGCCCCCCUCCAGGUUAGCGUCUGGUGUCCGCGAGGAAGACUAAACUCGUGCUUCUAGCUGCAGGCGGUGUCUGCCCACCACGGCGACGAUGCGGCACUUUUAGGGAUUUACGUACCGGUAUUUCUACAGUAUUGUUCGCUCGUUUUUAAAUAAAGUCAUGACCCGUGUGCA